ACUCACAUUUUCAAUUCAUGCUUGGAUAUGUAAUCGAAAAGUUCAGCUGUGAUCACCCGCGGCAAGUUUAUUUUGAAACAGAAAUUAUUGUCAUCAAAAUGUCUCGGCUAAAUAGUGCUUCAGCCGAACAGUUGGCUCGAUCUUUCAAGACACGUUUCGAUGCCCUUGACUGUCCUUAUGUUGAUGGAGUAGAUGAAACGUGGAUCUCAGAGCUUCUUUACCAACCAGGAGAGGCAAGGAUAAGAUUACUACAAUGGUUACUAUCAAGGUAUGAUGUAAAGUUUGCAGAGAUUCUUGACAGCCAGUACUGGACAAGUGAAGCUAAAAUGGACACCAGAAUACAGGCCAUGACCAAACUGUGUUCCUGUCUGGGGCUCUGUAGACCUGGUGAUGUUGAUCUUAUCAGGGGAGUCUCUACAUCUCAUUCAAAGCAGGCAUCAUUCUGGGAUAAGCUACUCGACAUUGUAACCAUAAGUGAUGCAUCAGAAGAAACACACCGAGAUGUCACGUCCAGUCCAGGAAUUGUCAGUGAGAGCUUACCAUUAUGGGAUCAGUUUUGCCAUGACUGUCAAUUUGUGUCAUCACUGGCACAUGGACGAGAUCUGCAGGAGGCCUUGUCACCUAAGGUGAAUCUCUUUCCUCCAGAUAUCACACGCAUUCUGGCCAAGAGGGCAGCAGAUGAAGAACAAAGAGCGGCUCCGCCCAGCAUCGAUGCACUUUUAGAGAUGAGCACACACUUAUCUAUGGAACUACAGCAAGCAAAUCAACAUCUCAAAGAUCUUCAAAAAGCGUAUCCUUAUCCCACGCCUGAUCCUAAGGCAUUGAACAAGGUCUGUCAGACCAUGAAGCUGGUUCUCUCAGAGCUCGUCCAGCUGGUGACAAGCUUCACCUUCAUGUUUGAGAGUGAGAUGCGUCAGUUCUGCAACAAGGCUCCGCCUCAGCUGACUCAACUAGGACCAGCCAUCAAGAGGGUUCACACUCUGCUUCAACAGUUCUCAGGGCUCCUGACCAGUCUACAGUCCAUGCACACAUCCUACUACAGUAUUGUUAAUACCAAGGGGAUCCAGUCGGAAGAGAGUCGACCUGCAGAUCUCAUGGCCUCAGUGAGUCGCUCUGCUCUGAAGUCCUACAGUGAGUUUGUAAGUAUCAUGGAAGACUCCAUGAAACGUCAACAUAACACUUGGUCAGAAAGUAAAGUCCUCAGUGAUUCCUUUCGAUGAGCAGUGUUCAGAUGCCAUACUGCAAGUUAAAUAUUGUAUGAGACUCUAUGCAGAGAUAACAUGAUACAUUGUCAGAGUAUAGACUUGUCAGUGAGUUGUCACGAUGGAAAUAGCUUUUACUCUGAGCUAAUAAGCUUCAUAAAAGACUCUAGGCAGAAACAUUUUGCUUAAGACAUAUAGUGGCUCUGAGUCUGACUUAGUUUUCAUAGACAUUAAAUGUAGAGACAACAGGAUACAUGAUCAGAGAGUAGAUUCCUCAGUGAUACCUUCAGAUGAUUGUUGCUCAGAAGUCAUGCUGUGAGCUGACAAAUACCAGCGUCAUAAUGACUCUUUGUAAUGAGUUUUCAGUAUCAUGGAGCGACAAAGUGAUCAUGACAUGGUCAGACAGUAAAGUCCUCAGUGACUCUUUUAGAUGAACACUGCUCUGAAGUCAUACUUUAACAUCCUUCCAGGACAGGAUUUAUAUUUAGGGCUUAAUUUAUCAUACACUGUCCUUCAAAAUUAUUUAUAUUUUCCUUUUAUUGCUACAUUGGUCAAAUAUUAUGCAAUAUCUCUCAAAACAAUAUACCUGGGCGAGAAUGUUAUCAAAAAGUUGAAAAAAUUGUCAAUUUUGAUAAAAAAACAAUGACUUUGAAUCUUUCAACUGGUUGCCAAUUCAAGGAUUGUUCAGCUUAUUUUCCUUUUUCAAAUUCCUAGCGUCAAACAGAAUAUAAUCGUUUAUUUUCGAAUGUGUGCAUUUUGCCCUUUCUUCUCAUGCAUGUGGCAUAUUUUUAGGGCUCAGAAUCAAAAGUACAAUGUGGAAUGAUUGUCGCGAAAGGGUUAAGUUAAAGGUACUAUGUCCCUUU